AUGAACCGAGUAGCUCCGAGCGACCUCCCGUCUGCUGAAAUUCUCCAGAAAUGGAAACAGUUGACGAGGAAAACCUUCGAUCCACAGGAACCGAGGUAUGUGGCCUGGCAACUGUUGGUGGCUGCGGCGUACGCCUACAACGCAUGGACUCCCCUGUUGAGGGUUUCUUUCUGGGUAGGCGACACCUCGCAACUGUUCCAGCCUUGCGACAUACUCUGCGACGUUGUUUAUUUUAUCGAUAUCAUCGUUCUGAGGCCUCGGGAGAGGUUCUACAAGUCUGGAACUGCCGUGAAAUCAUUUGGCAAAACUGCGAGGAAGUACCUUGAUGGACCAUUAUUGAGGCGCGAUCUCCUCUCACUCGUGCCGCUGGACUACAUCGUGACGAAAUUUUCAGUCUACGCUCCUCUGCUCAGAUAUAAUCGUCUUUUGAGAAUUGAGAGCUACCUCGUAGUUUUCGAGAAAAUGGAAAUGGUUUCCAAGAAUGCUUUCCUUUGGCGCCUCGUUCGAAUAGUUUCCUACAUGCUGCUCGUGAUACAUUUGAAUGCUUGCGCCUACUACGUCAUCUCGAGGAUACAAGGCAUCGGCUCCAACUCAUUCGUUCUCCAAGGCGAAGGGGAGCUGGUGUACAUCCGCUGCUUUUAUUUUAGUUUCAAGACAGCAGCUGGUAUCGGGAAAAACGCGAGACCCACGCACGAGUGGGAGUACAUCUUCAUGGCGACUCUCUGGCUCGAAGGGUCAUUCAUUUUCGCGUUCAUCCUCGGUCAAAUCAAGGAUAUCGUUGCGACCGCUGUGCGUGGGAAGGCGGAGUAUCAGGAGUCAAUGGAUAUGGUCGUCAGGUACAUGGUUCAGAUGGAUGUCACAGCUGAGCUGGACCUCAGGGUCAGACGAUACUUGGUGGAAACUUACGCCACCAAAAAAACUCUGGCCGAAGAAGCUGUCCUGGGUAUUCUCCCCGGUAAAGAACGUGCGGAAGUGCUCGCAUGUGAGACUAAGGAUGUCGGAAUUAAACUAUGA